AUGCAAUACCAACACGUGGGAGGGAUGCUUCUGGGAAGUGCCUGUCCUAAUGCUCUUGGUGACGGAGACAAUGACACAGAAGAGAGCAAGUCUGAACAUAAUCCAGGCAAAGACAACGGCCAUGACCUUCAGGACAUCAAUACAGAUGGUCAGAACAAGCAUCAAUUGACUGCCCUGAUACUCCAAACCUUCUGA